ACUGGCUUGGCAAGGCCGAGGCGUGGCUCUCGUUUCGGCCGGAUCGGAAUCCAGAAGCGGCCGUCUUGUUAGCUGCCUCAGCCGGGUGUCUCCAGCUACUUCUCUUGCUCCAGUCGCGGCGGCUUUGACGGCCUUCCAAGUCAGCCUAUCUUUGGCGUUCAGUCACUGUUACGACCCGCUGGCUUCCCCAUCUCGUUGCUCUGUUUCCCCCCCCCCCCGCCGUUUAUUUCAGUUUACCUUAAGCUCUUCUCUCGCGGUGGCCUCCUUUUCAGCUAUCUUGUCAACUGCCUGUUGUCCAUCUCACCAGAUGCCUCAGUUCCCCAGAGGAGAGAGAGAGAGGCGCCCUCGUGGAUAUCCUGCGGACUAGCGCCUUUGCCCUGUGGCAUUUCAAACGACUUAUCCUCCCAAGUCAGUUCCUUGCAGCCUGGUGCCUGCCCUCCGGUUGUGUUAGACUUCAUCUCCUAUUAGUAGUAGAAAUCCUGAACACUGCCCUGUGUUCCAGUUCAUGCACAGUCAAAACUGCAUUCACCCUGCACAUAAAGGACUAUGAAUAUUACUUGGAAUGAGGCAUGGCUGAGGAUCCUCAGAGAAAUUUCCGAUCCGUGUACUAUGAAAAAGUAGGAUUUCGUGGUGUUGAAGAAAAAAAAUCAUUAGAAAUUCUUUUGAAAGAUGAUCGGUUGGAUAUUGAGAAGCUUUGCACAUUUAGUCAAAGGUUCCCUCUCCCAUCCAUGUACCGGAUGUUGGUAUGGAAGGUGCUUCUAGGAAUUCUCCCACCUCACCAUGACUCUCAUGCAUUUGUGAUGAAAUACAGAAAGGAGCAAUAUGGGGAUGUAUAUCGUGCCCUUCAAGUAAUUCGCUUUAUCACAGAUUCUACUCCACAGGUUGAAGUAUUCCUCCGGAUAUAUCAGUUGGAAUCAGGAAAGCUACCUCAGAACUCAACUUUUCCUUUGCAACCCGAAGAUGAGAUAUUCCUUGCUAUUGCGAAAGCAAUGGAAGAAAUGGUGGAAGACAAUGUUGAUUGCUACUGGCUAGUCAGUAGUUUUGUGAACCAGUUAAACAAUAGGUACAAGGAGUCAUUACCACAGCUGCCAAAACUUCUGGAACAAAUCCUGAGCCUUGAGGACAACCGGCUUCUUGCAUAUCUGAAGUCGUGUUCAGCAAUGGGCCAGCUUCCUUAUAAUCUUUGGUUUAGAAAGUGUUUUGCUGGAUGCCUACCUGAAUCAAGUUUACAAAGGGUUUGGGACAAGGUUAUUAGCGGUUCUUGCAAAAUCCUUGUCUUUGUUGCUGUUGAGAUCUUAUUAACCUUUAAAAUGAAGUUGAUGGCCUUGACUAGUGCUGAAAUUGAACAGUUGUUGGAAAAUAUACCUCAAGAUAAUACUGAUGCAAUUGUGAGCAAGGCUAUUGAACUGUGGCACAAACAUUGUGGAACCCCUGCUCAUUCAGUUUGAAAUUACCUGCAUUUGUUUUUGCUUUAUCUCUGUUUCCUUCUCCGAAAUAUAUAAUUAAUUUAAA